AUGUCAAGGCACAUAGAUUUCAUCGCGGGUCCCUCCCCGCGCCUCCACAGGAAGAAACCCAAGAAACUGACCCUGUGUUACGCGCAUCCGAGACUCGAAACGCCGGCCGACGAGUCAGUAAUCCAGAAAGUCCGCGCCAAGUCUCGACCAUCCCCCGAGGAUGACAAACCCUCAGAGGAUGGCCUCUACGUGUCACCAACGGGUCCGUUAACCCACAGUGCAGUGAAGCCCUACCAACUGGGUCACCAACGAGCCAUGGACACCCAGAGGGUCCCCCAGAUCCCCCAGAAACUCCUGGAGAUCGGCAUCCGCGAGGUGACGAUCACCUCGGCAUCUCAAUUAAAACCCUUGGAAAUAAAUUCGGUAUCAGUUCUAUUCCAGGAUAAAGUGAUAUGUAAAAUAGUGAGUCCCUUCAAUCGUAAGUUGUACAAAUUACUGGUGAAUAACUCCUCAGAGUCCAGCAAUUUAUCGCUGCGAGUGCAGUCCCGCGACGGCUGCUGCAGUGAUUUACCCUUUCCCCUGCCGACGCGAUGCGUCAGAGAUAAAAAAUUGGAGAUUGAUUUCUCGAUCACCGAUCAUUCGGGCGUCUCGCACUCCGGAACGGUGAUGUACACGAUGUCUCUGUCAACCCAGGGGAGCCCUGAGCCCUCGGAACCACAGAUACUCUCUUACAAACCCACGAAUGACCCGAACGACCCACAGAACUGUCUCUCUCUCCGGAAAGCUCGGAGAAACGUCCGGAAAAAGCACGUGGGGUACUUCACCCUGGAGGAGCCGGCGCUGACCCUCCAGACUGAGGAAAUAGAGUCACUGAAACCGAAGAAGAAGGAGAGAGAGAAGCUCCCGGACCUGGUGAUCCUGGAGCAGCCGGUGUUCUCGUUCAUGUCCCUCUGGGAUAUUUCCUUCGGGAACUGGCUGCAGGCCAGGAGACCCCUCAGGCCCUCGUCAGGCACGUCAGGCCCGAAAUUCCGGGGGGGAAGGGACGAGGUCCUCACGAUAACUGUGUUAAGGGGCGUGGAGGUGCCUGUUCGUGAAGAGUCAGCCCUAGUGCAGCCAAUCGUGCAGAUCCAAUGGGGCGAGUUGAGACAGACGACGUCGGCCUCCGAGGGAGCAGCCCCGGUCUGGCAGCAGACGAUGCACUUCGGGAUACCGUCAAGAGGGCGGAAUUCCAGCAUAAAAUUGUCUCUUUACGACCAGCACCCCGUGUGGGGCCUCCAGUGGCUUGGGGAAGCCCUCAUUCCCCUGGAGUCCCCCAGGAAUUACCAGGAAGUCGAGAAGUGGAUCGGUUUGUCGGCCCUGAGCAGUCCAGUCGUCCGCCUGGGGUACGUCCAGGCGAGUCCAGUCCGCUCGUACACUAGGAUCUACAUUCUGAUGAGGAUGGAGAGACAUACGAGUGGAGAGACCUCGGAGAUGAGCUCCCUGGACAAUUUAUCGAGAGCCCUUCAACGGUGUCUAGUGAUCCCCUACAAAAUUCCGGGGACCGAGACCCCCGAAGAUGCCGCGAGACUCGCGAUGCUGCUGACUCCGUUGCCCUCGCAGUACGGGCCACUGACACCCAGACAAGCCUUGAAACUCAAUAAGAUCGAUCACUUUGGACGGGCCGCGUUGUUAGCCACUCUCCUUCGGGGCUUGGGGCUCGAGGUUUACGUUUUGAUCGCCAGCUCUCAGGCGAGAAACUGGGCGGCUUUUGUCGUUUCGAUUAAUGAAAAACGGGAGAAUGUCCUGUGGGAUCCUGAGAACGGCGAUCAGUAUAAUUUUGGGGACUCUAGGUGCUCGAUUAUCAAGGCUUUGAGACUGAUUAAUCAUCAGAAUGUCUGGAAAAACCUCCAGAAAACCACAAGCAUAUCAAACGUGAAAUUCAACCCGAAAACCCCAAAAGACUGGCAGCCGUGUGGCAGCUCUUCCACAGCGGCACUGCACGAGCCGCAAAUCCUCGAGACAGAAGGUGCAAUGAGAGACGCCGACGAGGAUAAAGAUGCGCACCUGGAGAUAGAGGCCCACUUGAAAGAUAGACUAUCGCAGUGGCGGAGUGGAAUGGGCCUCACAACGGUCUUCAACCGCCACGCAAUAUCUCUCCUCCGAGGAUUCCUGAUGAAAUUAUCCAGCCGCGGCGAUGGACAGCUCGAAAAAAAGGACCUGAGACAGCUGUAUCGCGCCUAUCACCUUCACGGCUUCGUGCUGAACCUCCGCUGGUCUCCGAUGGACGAAUUAUUAGAAUUAUUCGCCUCCACACGUAUCCAGGAGGUCACUGGACCGGUGGAAUUCGCUCUAGUUUGCCACUUGCAGCGUUAUGUCGGCAAAACUUCGUCACUUUGGUUGGCUGUCGUAAUAUUGAGAAACCGAGACUGAUGACAAGAAAAUUAUUCAACAAUUACGUACAGUCGACAACU